GACGGCACCAUGGGAGGCAAGCUGAGCAAGAAGAAGAAGGGCUACAGCGUCAACGACGAGGCCGGCAAGGAGAAGGACGCCAAGGCCGCCGGGGAGGAGAGCGAGGCGGCGACCGGGGACGCCACCGCCGCCACGCCCACCGCCGACGGCAAGGAGGCUAACGACACGGCGGCCAAGGAGGCCCCCGCCGCCACCGAGCCCGAGAAGAACGACGCCAAGGAGCCCGAGAAGAACGACGCCGCCGCCGCAGAGCCCCCGGCCGCCAAGGAGGCGGAGCCCGCCAAGGCCGAGGAGAAGCCCGCCGCCAAGGAGGCGGCCCCGCCCGCCGCCAAGGAGGCGGCCCCGCCCGCUGCCAUCAAGGAGCCUGAACCGAAGGCCGCCGCCGCCGCAGCCGCGCCGACCCCCGCCGCCGCUGCGCCCGCCGCCGAGAAGAAGGACGAGGCCGACGCCAAGAAGACGGACGCCCCCGCGGCUCCGGUGGUGAAGGCCGAGGCGCCGCAGCCCACCGCCGCCGCAGCCCCCGAGCCCGCCGCAGCCCCUGCCCCCGCAGACCCCGCCCCCGCCCCCGCCCCCACCCCCGUCGCCGCAGCCGCGCCCGUCGCCAACUCCACGCCGGCGCCCGUUGCCCCCGGCGACGCGAAGGAGCCCGACGCCACGGAGACGACCGGCGCCGAGAAGAGCGUCGUCGUCCCAGAGUGA